AUGACUUGGAUUUCACUGCCAAAGCACAGUGAGGGUUAUAGUAAUGGUGCCACACAUUUUGUUAGGAAUGCGUUUGAUAAUUUCUCCAUAGGAAAUGAAUUACGCUGCCCUUGCAAAGAUUGCAGUAACCGUUUCUGGAUUUCUUCGGACAAUGUAUAUGAACAUCUCGUGUUUAAUGGUCCUUGUCCAUCAUUUAGUAAUUGGAUAUUUGAAGUGUCAACCGACAAGUUUAGAAAGCCUAAUGAUGUAGGGAUGGAUGAUUCUGAUAUGUGUAUAGGCCUAGGUGAUGAUUUUGAUGAUAUGAUUCGCAAUGAAGGUAGAGCUAGAAAUGGAAUGAAUAAAGCUGCAAAAGACUUCUAUAAGCUUGUUCAGGAAGGGAAACAACCUCUGUUUCCCGGGUCUGAAAAUUUCACGCAAUUAGGCUUCAUAGUCAGACUUUACCAAUUAAAGUGCAGUCAUGGUUUUACCGAGUCUGCAUUCAGCGGUAUUUUACAAUUGUUGAAGGAAGCUUUCCCGAAUGUAAACCUGCCUUCUUAUUUUAGUGUUGCCAAAAAAAUGAUUAGAGAUUUAGGCCUUGAUUAUGAAAAGAUACAUGCUUGUCCGAACGAUUGCAUGUUACAUUGGUCUGAAAACAAAGAUGAAAUUAAGUGUAAAUUUUGUGGGGCGUCAAGGUGGGUAGUCCCUAAGAAAGAUAACCGUGCACCUUUUUCUACUAAAGUACAAGAAAACAGCUCUAAGAUUCCCGCAAAAGUCUUGAGAUACUUUCCACUAAAACCAAGGUUGCAACGGCUUUUCAUGUGUAAAGAGUAUUCUGAACUCAUGAAGUGGCAUGCAGUGGGGCGAACAAAAGACGGAAAGUUAAGGCAUCCAGCGGAUGUAGAGGGGUGGAGGUCAAUGGAUGCUAGUCAUCCAAAAUUUGCAGCAGAAAUUCGAAAUGUGAGGUUAGGAUUAGCUGCAGAUGGUGUCAAUCCUUACCGAUCAAUGAAUAUAAGUCACUCCACCUGGCCAGUUGUUCUGGUCAAUUAUAAUCUUCCUCCUUGGUUUAUUAUGAAACCAGAAAAUUUGAUUUUAUCAACACUAAUCCCGGGUCCUGAGUACCCUGGUAACGACAUAGAUGUGUAUUUGCAGCCACUGGUUGCAGAGUUAAAAGAAUUAUGGGACAUAGGUUUAGAAACUUAUGAUUCUCACGCUGACCAGACCUUUACGUUGCACGCGAGUCUAUUAUGGACCAUCAGUGAUUUUCCGGGGUAUGCAGUUUUAUCGGGGUGGAGCACGAAAGAUGUUUCUCCACCUUCAUUGUCUGGAAUGGACAUUGAAGAACUAUUAUUUGGGUAUGAGAAUUGUUUCGGAAAGCGAGAUUUAAAGAAAAGGAAACGAGAGACAGGGUGUCCCUUUAAAAAGAAGUCCAUAUUUUUUGAAUUACCAUAUUGGAGGGAAAACCUGGUUAGGCAUAAUCUAGAUCUAAUGCACAUAGAAAAAAAUAUUUGUGAUAAAAUAUUAGGGACUCUGUUGAAUCUUGGCGGUAGGACGAAAGAUCAUCUCAGUGCUCGAAAAGAUCUACAGGAAAUGGGUAUUCGUAAGGCUCUUCACCCUAUCAGAAUUGGUGAUACCAAUCAAUAUGAAAUCAGGGCCGCAAUUUUUGACAUGACUAAAAAAGAAAAGGAGCUUUUCUGCUCAGUUUUCAAGAAUGCAAAGCUUCCACAUGGAACUGCAUCUAAUAUUAGUCGCUGCGUACAUAUUGCUGAAAGAAAGAUAUUUGGGUAUAAAAGUCACGAUGCACACUUUAUGCUUCAGUAUUUACUACAAUUUGCUGUCGUAAAGACCUCAAAACCAGAGGUUGCAGUGGCUUUGCUGAGAUUGAGUGCUUUUUUUAGGGGUUUAUGCGGCAAAGUGAUUGACCUGGAGGAUAUUCCUAAGUUGCAAGAGGAAAUAAUUGAAAUCCUCUGUCAGUUAGAAACAAUCUUUCCACCUACCUUUUUCGACAUCAUGGUUCACCUUCCAGUUCAUUUGUGUAAGGAACUGGAAUUUGGAGGACUAGUGCACCUUAGAUGGAUGUUCGGAAUUGAGCGAUACCUGUGCAAAUUGAAAUCUUAUGUCCGCAAUAGGAGUAAACCGGAGGGGUCCAUGGCUGAAGGGUAUUUGGCAGAUGAGUGUAUCACGUUUUGUUCUAGAUUUCUAAAUGAUACUAUCAAAACUAAGAAUGAACAGAACAUACAUGUUGGAUACUCAAUUGGGUCAAGAAGAAACAAAGAUGGUAAAUCAGUAGAGUUGGAAGACAAGGAUUGGAUUAAGGUUCAUCGAUAUGUGCUUUUCAACUGUGGAAACAUAGAAAUUGAAAAGCUACUUGGGGAACAUCAUACCUUAAUUGAAAGUCAUGGAAAGUCAAAGAAAUAUGCAAGAGAAAAAUCACAUACAGUAGAAUUUCACCACUGGUUGAAAGAUGAGGUGCAGAAAUUGAAAGAACCUUCAUCAGAAUUGUUAAAUUUGUCAAGGGGCCCUCAACGCGCAGCUAAAAAGUAUUCUGCCCAUGUCGUAAAUGGGUUCAGAUUCCAUACCAAGAAAAGAGAUGCCAAGUGUACUACACAAAAUAGCCGUGUCAUUUUGACAGCACUAACCACCUGUUUUGCGAGUUCUAAAGAUAAAAAUCCAACAAUUGGGGAUGUUACUUACUUUGGAGCAAUCGAAGAAAUUAUUGAAGUAGAUUAUUGGGGAGCAAUCACAGUAGUUCUAUUCAGAUGUUGUUGGUAUGAAAAGGAUAAGGACUGUUAUGGCCUUACACGCGUCAAUUUCUCUAAAAAUAUUCAAAAGGAAGAUCCUUUUGUUCUAGCUACUCAAGUACAACAAAUUUUCUAUAUUCAAGAUUGUAUUGAAAAUAAUCUGCAUUUUGUUGUAAAGAAAUUACCUAAGGAGUACGAUAAUAUAGGCAUCGAAACUGAUGUCUUGGAGGAUGUUUAUGGACCCACUGAAAUGGCAGACAACUAUUUUUUUCUCAGGUUCUACCACAAGGGAGAGUUUCAGAAAAACAAGUACUCUCGUGGAAGCUGUUUCACCAUUGCUGAAGCUGUUGACCCUGAUAAAUUUUCCUACACGGUAAUCAUGGAAUAUGUAAAAGAUGAUCUUGGAUAUAAUGAAAUUGGAGGAGUAUAUGUAAAGAAACAAGACGGUGGCUGGAAAUUAAUCGAUACGGAUGCAGAUGCAAUUCGUCUUGGACAAGGUAUGAGCAAUGGUUCUUACUUAGAUCUGUAUGUCGACACGGUUAUUGACAAGUCGAUUGAGCCUUUAAGUCAGACCCAACCCCAUGUAAUUGUAAGGCCAAGGACUUCAUUUUUUGAAGGUGUUGAUUCCCAGGUGAAACGAAAGUUUGUGACAGUUCAGGAUCUUAAACAACAACAAGUAGAAAAAAACAAGUUGGCCAGGGAUGCAUAUGAGCUGGAAAAGAAAAGAAAUACUGAAAAGAAACCCGCAGAUCAAUAG